AGAGAGAUAGCUGUUGUGAAGGAAAAAGGAAAACAAUGGCCUCUCUUAGAUGUAAUUACUCAGUUAUAUUUCUCUUUUCAGUUGUGUUAUUUGCAUCUUUAAUCCCAAAAUUGCAUGCCAACAUUGGUGACUUUGACCCUUAUUUGGAAAAGAGAGCUGAAGAAGCCCUCCAGUCUUCUCUUGCUGCUUACAAUGAAAAUCCUGAGCAACUUACACAAACAUUCAACAAGGAAGUUGGAGAAACUCUCUUUAAUGGCACGAGGAGAUAUCUGAGGGAGAUGAUAUGAGAAAAAUGCUUUCAUCAUGUAAGAGAAAAUGGAAUUCUUCUAGAAAUUAUCUAAUUUGGUUUUUCUGUUUACUAUAAAAAUGCCCUCAUUGAGAAAAUAAUAUAAUCUCACCUUCGUAAAAG